GUAAUGUCGUGCGUAAUGACGAACGAUCGACGCGGCUGCAGGCCUCCUCUUCCUCGGCGUGUCGACGCAACCGAGUGUGAACCCCGCGUAAUAUCUCCCCGGUGAAAAUAAGGGGUGUCGGAGUAAACACCCGAUAGCCUUAGGCCGUCCCGAUUGAAUUUUGCCAAUUCGAUUAGCGCGCGGGUGAAUCGUGCUCCGGCUGCAUGCAACGGCGGGAGUGACAUACGACGACGACGGUGGCGGCGAGUUGUCACACGUUGCGCGACUUCUUAUCGGCCUGCAUUGAUCUGUACGCGGGCGGCGACGACCAGGGAAAGCGUGGCCAGGGAAACGUUGCUCGACACUCUCGACGAUCCCCGCGAGAUACCCCUCGGAUGAUGCAGUAUCAAAAGAUGGCUAUCGCCGCCUCGGAGAAUUAUCAGCUCAAAUGGCACAGCUAUGGAGCGCAUCUGCACAGCUCCGUCGCAACUCUACUGCACUCGGAAUCCUUCGCGGACGUUCUUCUGGCGACGUCCUGCGGCCGGCACGUGGCCGCUCAUCGAUUCGUCCUCGCGGCCUGCUCAUCUUACCUCAGCCAUAUUUUCCAGACGUGCCACUUCGGCGCGAACACCAACGCACCGAUAAUCGUGGUGUUGCCUACGGAGAUCGGAUAUCGCACGUUAAAAAUCCUAAUACAGUACAUGUACAGCGGCGAGGCCACCGUGACGAAUGACCAGCUGGAGGGAGUCCUGAAGGCCGGCGACAUCCUACGUGUGCGCGGAUUGUGGAGAUCGAACACCGGCAGCAGCAGCAAGAAGGAGAACAUACAGUCGAAUAAUCAGAAGAUCGACCGUGACAAGCGGGAGACGUCGCAGCUAGCCGGGCAGAUACAAAAGAUCAAACUGGUGCAACCGACCCCGCCGGAGAAGGUAAUCGAGAACGUGCAACAGGCGGCCACGGCGGCGUGCCAGAACAUACAGCUCGCGAAGCCGGUCGAAAGGAAGAGCACCGAGAAGAUCGAGGACAAGACGACCAACGAGUCCAACGAGGUCAAGAAGGUCUCAGAGGAGAAGAGUAAUGAGCAGAGCAAGACGAACAAGGAGAAUCUUGAGACGACGAACGGCAAGAAGAAGAAGAGCGUCGGCAGCGACGUCGAGUCGAAUAAGUCGAAGAGCGAAGGUGGCGAAAACACUGAACUAAAUCUCGAACUGUUAGUGAAGGACGAGCCGAUCGAUUGGGAAGAGACGAUCGAUCCAUCGGAAUCGCUCACGAUAGACCAUGAGAUCGAUAUCAAACCAGAAAUCGUGCACAGCGCGGACGAGGAUGGCGAUAUGGAGGAGGAGGAGUAUACACCGCUGACAUGCGACAUGUGCAGUCAAACGUUUAACAGACCGUCGGAUUGGGUGAGGCACAUAGAGUUCACGCACGCUGACAUGACCGAAAAUCGGAGAAAGAAACGAAAGGACGACAUAAACGACGACAGCAAGGACUUCCCGCCCUUGAAAUGCGAUCUGUGCGGUAACAUGUAUUCCACGCCGCAGGAGUGGGUGCGCCACAUACAAACGGAGCACACGGAGGAGCAGCUGGCCUUGAUGAACAACUCUGCACCCCCGAAGCCGAAGAGGGUUCACAAUCACCAAAAGUUGUGCAACAUAUGUCAAAAGGAGUUCCCGAGUCACGCCUCGAUGGUCAUCCACCAGAGAACGCAUACGGGCGAAAAGCCUUUUCUCUGCUCCUAUUGUAAAAAAGGCUUCAACGUAAAGAGCAACCUACUGAGGCAUUUAAGGACACUGCAUGACAAAUAUGUACAUCCUAGCUUAUACGGAAGUAAUGGUAGCACGAACGCUUAAAGACCCUUUACAUUUCUUUCCGACGAUACAUGUACAUAUACAUAUGUGUACAUAAAAUACAUAUAUGUAUAUGCAUGUAUAUGUAUAUAAAUCGUCUUGCAUGGCGUCUCAGUCGUGGAGAGACCAUACAGUAUCUUAUGUAUAUUCAUUAUUGUGACUACGUAGACUGAACGCGUAUCUAUAACGUAUAAAUGGAUGCCAAAUCGGAGCAAGACAUGACGACGAAAACUAAUCGAGUGAAGAUCUGUGUGAGUCUCCAUCGAGAGAGCAUAACUGAGCAUAUUUUAAAAAUUCACAAUAUGCAUAUUGGAGAGAAAUCUAUAUACAAACUAUUUUUUCUAAAGGCUAGCUGUCGCAUUCUUUAUAUAGCAAUCUUCUUUUUAAUAAUGUGUAUAAAAUAAAAUAAUAGAACUCCUCUCGUCAAACGAUAACUUUUGAUUGAGUUGAAACAAGAAAGCAAUAUCAGGGUCUUGAUACCAAAGAGGCUGAUUAAUAUUGCCAAAAUGUCUCAUUUGAAUGUUUUAAAUCUUCUUUUCUUCCUCUCUUAAAUGUAGUGCACGUAUAAAGUUAUUUGUUAAAAAAAAAAAUUAUUUAAGAACAAAGAGGACAAAUGACGAAUGAUUUUACUAUUUGUAGAGACCUGUCGAGGAGUGCUUGCGUGUAAAAUAAUUCUUAUAGUAUAAAUCGAUAUUUAAUGAUUAAACAUUGACUUAAUUACUUAGAGUAAUUAUAGGUUAAUCCAAAUUAUGUAAGAUUUUACUGUAUACUAUUUCUAGGCUAUUCCAUCCAUGAUAGCCCUCUUAUUCCCUCAGCUCGUAAGUUAAUUAUGUAUUUUUAUAUUAAAGUAGCGUAUACACACGACAAACAUAUAAAAAGUAAGAUACUUGCAUCAAGCAAAACUUGAAAUUUCGAUCUAAGCUAGGAUAUAAGAAUAACCUAUAAAACAUUCAAAAUUUAUCAAAUUUUUUGAAAAUAUAUUGAGUUCUUCUUACAUAUAAAAAAAAGAACAAUGCGAUAUUAUCAAAAUACUGUCACAGUCUCCGGAACAUUAAUAAUGUGAAUAUUGAUUAAGAGGAUGACACCAUUUUGCUAUACUAAUCAUCGUGUCACUCUACCAUAAAUUUUAGUGUCAAUUCUGCAUUGCGCUAGCACUGUGACGAGCCAAAUAACAACAUUUAAAUGUAAAAUUAAAAUAAUAUAUUAUCUUAAAA